AUGCCGCAUGCUCAUUCGAGUUCGGCGGCGAGCUCGGGCGGUGACGACCUGGGCUCCACUGAUGAGGUCAAGGUCUUCAAGGACGAGGGAGACGGAGAAGACGAGAAGAGGAGCUCGGAGAAUCUGCUGGAGGAAAAGUCUAGUCUAAUUGAUUGGACAGAGAGCGAGAUAACUUGCUGGCUGCAAUCUUCUUCAAGUCAAUCCACUCAUUCAACCCUCGAAACUAUCCAGCUCGCCAUGCCGUUACUGAUCCAGGCUCUAAAUAUAGCGAACAACGCGUUCUUGUCCCGCGCUCCGCUUCCGUUCACCAUUCCUGUUCACCUAGGGUUGUCACAAAAAUUUAAUGUUAACAAACUAACAUCACACAUUGUUCAUGCUCUAGGCACUAUUACGAGUGUAGGCAAGGAAAAAAGUUCCAAGAACCAUGACAGACCUGAAUCGCCUUUUGCUCAACAGGGGAACACAUCAUAG